AUGUCGUCCGAGAUUCCCACUGUCUUCGUGAGCAUGGCCACCGGUACCCAAGGUGGUGCCCUAGCCCGGAAGCUCCGUACCCUAGGAUGGAACGUCCGCGCCACGGCGCGAGACCUCCAUCGCCCCGAGGCAAAGGCCUUAGGGGAUAUCGGCGUCCACCUGACGCCUGGCGACUGGGAUGAUGAGGACGCUCUGCGUACGGCGUUCACUGGCUGCACCAAGGCCUUCAUCGGUUAUACAGCGAACUUGUUGGACUUCGAGGCCGCGCCUCGGCGAGGCCAAAGUGCGGUCCGUCUCGCCAGGGAGGCCGGUGUCACACAAGCUAUCUGCACCACCACUCUGGGUGCCGCCAUGCUCGAGGAGGGCAAGGAGCCGCCGAUCCCGCCGACGCCUCUGUUUGCUCAGCACUUUGCCAGCAAGAGACGCGUGGAGAAGGCCAUCGAGGAGGGGGGUUUCGACAGUUGGACGGUCCUCCGGCCCGGCUUCUUCAUGGCCAACUUCCUCGACCCCAAGGUUCGGUAUGGCUAUGCCGACGUGCUCGAGAAAGGCGAGUGGGCCAAUGUCAUGACGCCCGACCUGACCCUCGGCUUGGUGGAUCACGAGUACAUCGCAAAAUUCGCAGCCGCUGCCUUUCAGGACCCGGCCAGGUUCAACGGCAUCCACGCCGGCCUCGUCACCGAGGAGCUACCCGUCCAGGAGAUGCUAGACCAGCUCGCGGCGGCCAUUGGCGACGGGCGGGCGCUCAAGGCGCACUUUAUGACGACGAUGAAAUCGACAAGGCCGUUGCGGAAGGCUCGUGGGCCGUCUUCUCACUGA